AGACGCAAAGCAUAGAUGUCUGAUUGUCCAUUUUUUUUGUCUUUGCAGCUCGACAGGACAGAAACAGCUAUAAACAACCUUAACCCAGCCUUCUCCAAGAAGUUUGUUGUUGACUACCACUUUGAAGAAGUGCAGAAGCUCAGGUUUGCCCUGUUUGACCAGGACAAGUCGAGCACGCAGCUGUAUGAGCAUGACUUCCUUGGCGAGUUCUCCUGCACGCUGGGCACGAUUGUCUCCAGCAAGAAAAUAACGAGAACUCUCCUUCUGGGGAAUGGCAAGCCAGCUGGGAAGGGGAUGAUAACGAUAGCUGCCCAAGAGCUGUCAGACAACAGGGUGAUUACUCUGAGUAUGGCUGGCAGGAAACUGGAUAAAAAGGACCUGUUUGGAAAGUCAGACCCCUUCUUGGAGUUCUAUAAACCCGGUGACGAUGGGAAAUGGAUGCUGGUCCACAGAACGGAGGUGAUCAAGUACACAUUGGACCCCAUCUGGAAGCCGUUCACUGUGCCUUUAGUGUCACUGUGUGAUGGAGAUGUGGAGAAGCUGAUUAAGGUCAUGUGUUAUGACUACGACAGUGACGGGGGACACGACUUCAUUGGGGAGUUUCAGACCUCAGUGGCCAGGAUGUGUGAAGCCCAAGAUGCCUUUCCAGUAAGUGCCGACACGUUUUCUGUGCAGAACGGGGCAAAGGCAGUGGUGGCCACUUUCUUCCUUGGACUGAGACCUUCAGCCUGUGCUGAGGAGGCUCUGAGAUGAGGAAGAGCUGCUUUU